AAUCCGGCGACCAUUGGUAGAUGGCGCUCGUGGUGUAAUGGCCUUUUCCUAUUCACGCUUGCACGGACGAAGACGUGAACAUAAAUAAUGGAUGAGAAAGAAGCCUUCGACGACAUGGUGGUGGCAACCACAAAUACAUUGCCGGUAGCGAUGCCGGCCGAACUGCCCGAGAUUAAAUUGUUCGGACGUUGGAACUGCGACGACGUACAAGUGAACGAUAUGUCUCUGCAGGAUUACAUUGCAGUUAAAGAGAAGAAUGCCAAGUACCUUCCACAUUCGGCGGGGCGCUACGCGGCGAAACGUUUCAGGAAAGCUCAGUGUCCCAUUGUGGAGCGUCUUACGAAUUCUCUUAUGAUGCACGGCCGAAAUAACGGAAAGAAAUUAAUGGCCGUGCGAAUCGUUAAACACGCCUUUGAAAUCAUUCACCUUCUCACUGGCGAGAAUCCUCUGCAGGUUCUUGUCACAGCCAUCAUCAACUCCGGCCCGAGAGAAGACUCCACGCGUAUUGGACGUGCUGGUACGGUGAGGCGACAGGCCGUUGACGUAUCCCCGUUACGUCGCGUUAAUCAAGCCAUCUGGUUGUUGUGUACUGGCGCGCGAGAAGCCGCAUUCCGCAACAUUAAAACGAUCGGCGAGUGUUUAGCCGACGAACUUAUUAACGCCGCUAAGGGUUCGUCGAAUUCGUACGCGAUCAAGAAGAAGGACGAACUGGAGCGUGUUGCCAAGUCUAACCGAUAAACAUAACUUUCUAUAUACGGAAAAAAUAAAUGAACGUUCUAUCUUUAAA